CAAGCGAAUCCAGUGAAUAUAAAAGAGGGGAAAAAUCGUUGUCAGCAGCAGUUGAAUUUCGAUACAAAAAGCGUAAGACGGGUUCGCCCUACAGCAACAUUCAACAUGAUUAUGAAAGUGAAACUACUCUUUGUUUUACUAAUUCAACUGGUGACUGUCACGUUGGGAGCUGUUCUCAAAUUGGAUCCCAUCCUCGGCACUAAUUUGGGAGGACAGAAACGAAAUGUUGUUGGAAAUGAUUCUAACGAGUCCGCAGAAUCAAACGAAUCAUUUGGAGACAACGAGAUGCUGAAGACUUCGGCUACUUUCCAUCGUCGUUAUCAUUACCCCAGCUAUUACCACCAGCCAUAUAACAACAGGCACCCUCAGAGAGCUCAGUAUUACUACAAUCGGCCAGCCCCAGUGUAUCAAUACCAGUAUACUGGCGGAUAUGACAGUGAUAGUGACUGAAGAGCAGCAGCAGUUCCUAAACUUGUUGGCGUAAUGAAAUGACGAUCCCAGCAGUCAAGAUCAUACUAAAUAAACUUUAAAAUUGUUAUGAAUUGCCGAUUGAAGGCAGUUGACGUUUCUAACAAAUAUCCAGACUUUUUCAUUAAUGUUGAAGAAAGAUACGUAAUACACGACACGCACAAUGAAUAACUAAAAUAAU